UUUUUUUAGACAAGCGUCAGUCAUAGUCAAGGUGAGACUCUUAGGGAAAUACUGGAAAUUCGUUGUCUUUUCGAACAACUGGGCUGUGAGAAGUCAUGAUCCUGGUCUGAUCGGUUUGGCUUGGCAUGGCUCCAACGUAAGUCAAUAACGUGACAGAGUCAGAAUGACAGACAGUCUUGAUUCUCCAUAUCAAGAUGAAGACGUGGCCAAAGAUAAGACUUUGAGGGAGGUGGAUCCUGCCGUCAGUCCCCAAAGACAUUGUGCAUGCAUGGAGUCCAAAUCGGAAAUGUUUUACCUGACAGAUAAUGUAAGGGGGAGCCAAUCUGCAGAAUCUGAUGAAAGUGUGGGGGCUGCAAGUCAAAGCAGCAGUCGUCAUGGCAGACACUCACCAGUACCCAGUGUACUCUCCAUGAAGAGUGACCAGUCAAUGAAUACUCCCCCUAUCACAUUAACAGAAGGAAGCAUACAAACCACAAGCAGCAGUAAUCCUGACAGACUCUCACCAGUACCCAGUGUAAUGUCCUUGAAGAGUACCCAGUCAAUGAAUCUUCCUAUUACAUUAACAGAGGGAAGCAUACAAACCAGUGACCUCACUACAGAACCUGGAGGUGUUCUCUGUGCUGUUUGCCCAAAGAGGGCUUUCAAGUCCUGCAUGACCUGCACCGCAUCGUUCUGUGAGGUCCACGCUAAGCCACAUUACUCAGCUCCAGCACUGCAGAGACACAAGCUGGUGGAUGCCACUGAAGACCUGGAGCAGAAGCUUUGCACACGACACCACAGAGAGCUGGAGUAUUACUGCAGGACUGACCAGACGGCAAUAUGUGCAUCAUGUGUGGCAGUGGGACACAAUGGACACGACAUAACAGAACUGGGAGAACAUCAGAGUCUACAAAAGACCAAAUCAGAGAUGGAAAAUAUGACAGCUGUCCCUCCUCCUGGGCCCAUUGAGUUCUCCUCAGUGAAUCCAGACUCUGUGUGUGUGUGCUGGGGACCUCCUGAGGGACUGCCUGGACCCCACAGAUUCAGGGUCACUUGGAUGGAUGAAGGAAACCAGGAGCAGCUGGAAGUGCAGGACCUGAAGCUACAUGUGCAGGGACUGUCUUCAGGAGAGAAGUACACAUUUACUGUGGCCACCAUCAGUGAUGACCACAGACUGAGUCCGUGUGUCUCUGCAACUGUGCAGACAGAUCAUCCUAAACCUGAGUGUCUUUCUGUAGACAUGGAUCUCACUUCAGUUUCAGUGAAGUGGAGCAAACCAGCAGGACUUGAUCAAGUCUCAUAUUUACUGACCCUUCAUAGUAAUGGGCAAUGUCUAAGGACCAUUUCCACUAAAUCAGCGCAGCACUGCUUUUCUGAUUUAGAUUUGGGGAAAAAACACUCCAUCACUCUUUCCACAGUGGUGAAAGGGUUUCAAAGGCAGUCCUUCACUAAAACCAUCGAAACAAGUGUUCCAGUCCCAGAGAAUCUGACUGUGUCCUCAGUGACUCCAACUUCAGCUGUUGUCAGCUUUAGUCUUCAUCAGGGGAUGGAGCAGAUUCCACACUACUUCCUGAUCUCUUGCCACAGUGAAGGAGCUGAACCACAGACCAUCUCUACAGAGUCCUGCAGCACAACUCUUACAGACCUGCAGCCAGACACUCAGUACGCUGUUAUUGUCUGCUGUCAGCUCAAAGAUGGGGGAAGGAGUCAGUCUACUUCAGUCGUCAUUCAAACAGGUAGUUUUGUUCCUGAACAGUUGACUGUGGAUGCACUGGACAGAGAACUUUACAAAUGGAAGGCCGAUCUCAGCUGGAGUGUGCAUCAAGGGAUGGAGCAGAUUCCACACAGAUUCCUGAUCUCCUACCACAGUGAAGGGACUGAACCACAGACCAUCUCUACGAAGUUCUGCAGCACAACUCUUACAGACCUGCAGCCAGACACGCAGUACACUGUCACUGUCUGCUGUCAGCUCAAAGAUAGUGGAUUGCAGAACAAGCCAGCUUCCACAACCUUCCACACAAGUGAAAGGAGGAUUGUGUUGCUCGGGAAAACAGGUGAUGGUAAAAGCAGUGCUGGAAACACCAUUUUGGGAGAAAAGGUUUUUCAAGUCCACGCUUCUCAGUACUCUGCCACAUGUCACUGUGAAACUCAGAGUAGGAUCAUCAACGGGAGGAAAAUAACAGUCAUUGACACACCUGGAUUCUUUGACACAACUGUUCCAGAGGAGUCGUUAAAAUGUGACAUAGCAAAAUGCAUCUUUGACAGUUCCCCAGGCCCCCAUGCCUUCAUCAUUGUGCUGAAAGUAGGAAGGUUCACAGAACAGGAAGAACAAAUUACACAAAAGAUUAAACAAUUAUUUGCAGAUGAUGCCUUCAGUCAUGCAGUGGUUCUUUUCACAAGUGGUGGAAGCCUGGAUGGUAAAAGUAUUAAGGAGUUUGUGGAGGAGAUCAGGAGCCAUCCGGAAGCUGCUGGGAAAAGAACUACACUCAAGGACCUUGUGGACACGUGCCAUGGCCGGUGUCAUGUCAUAGAUAGUAAACUCUGGAAACAUCAGGAAGAGGGGGAGCGUAGCAACAGAACUCAGUUAGCAAAGCUGUUCAACACCAUAGAGGAGAUGGUGCAGCAGAAUGGUGGUGGUUAUUACAUGAAUGAAAUCCUGACAUUAGUGGAAGAGGCCAUACAAGAGGAAAUGCAAACAUUGAAAGCAACACAACAAGAUCAGGAGCAAAAAUUAUCUGACAGGGAGAUAAAGGAGAAAGCCAAAAAGACAGUGAUGAUGAGAAUUAUGGUAAAUAAAGUUGUGGCCACACCUGCGGUGAUGCUGGUUGGAUUUUUCUGUUUACCUUCACUUCCAGCUCGACGAAUCUUAAACAAAGCAGCGAUUCAGAAAGCAGCUGCUAAGGCAAAACAUCCUGGGGAAGCCAUAGUAGAAGCAUUUAAAAUGCUAAGACAGUUGUCACAUGUAAAGGCGAUGUUAAAAACAUUCGUAGAAUGACAGAAAGUAGAGAGAAGUAAAUAAAUUGUGUAGGCAAGUGGGAAGCACAACACUGAUGGCCAUAUAGGAUGAUCCAGAGCAUUUAAAGGGACACUUCACCGAUUAGCAUUAAGCUUUGUAUCUUUAGAAAACCAGUCAUGUUUUUGAAUGGUCGUGCAUCAUUCCCUCAGUUUGUCUUGAGAUGGGAGAAAUACGGAUUUCAAGGAAACCCAUGAAUAGGACUUCCUGCUUUCAAUGAUGUAAAAUGAUGAUUUUUACAUCAUUGAAAGCAGGAAGUCCAACAUUGAAAUCCGUAUUUCUCCCAUCUCAAGGCAAACUGAGGGAAUGAUUCAAAAUUCAACAUUCAAAAACAUGACCGGUUUUCUAAAGAUAUAAGCUCAAUGCUAAUCGGUGAAGUGUCCCUUUAAUGAGCACCACCAUGCAUCUGUGCUAGCAUCUCUUGUGAAACAGGAUGUGGCCAUAUCUCGACGGUUCUGUUUAUUUACAUUGUCUGGCAGAUAUUGCAAUCUGACACAUCCUAACUAUAUUUUCCAUUCUCGUCCUUUUCUGACUUCACAUUUUAAUAAAAACUAGAAAGAUUCUAGAAUGUACUCUUAGGUUUUCUCUUCUCUGUGGGUGCCAUAACUUUAGCAUAAUUCACUGGAAGUGAGUUAGACAAGGUAGGCUAUAGCUAACAGGAAAACAGUAAAUAACCUUGUUUCCCAAAAUGUUGGUGUGUUCCUUUUAAAUCAGAAUAUAGAUACAUCUCAAUAUGUUAUUAUAUGUGAAAUGCAACCAUUUUAAGUUAUUGUUUAGUUGUAUAAAGAGUACAGUUGUACAACACAGUCUUAUUAUAUAUUAUCCAAUAUCUUUGUUUUAGUCAUUAGGCUCUAGUUUAAAGGAUGGACAAAGUCUACAGUUUUUUUCUGUUUUUCUAAAAUUAUUGGUAAUACAUUGAAUCUAUUUUCUUUUUAGGCUACUACUCUUAAGUUACUGCUACUACUCUGCACAUAUCUGUACAUGUUGUUCAUACAUUGUUCAUACUGUUCAUACUGUAUAGCUAUAAUAUAUUCUGCUCGCAUAAGGUUACUACAUAUUUAUAGUUUAUUCAUAAUACUGUAUACUUUCUUAACUGUAUACUACUGUCUACACUACACUAUAUGUUUAUACCAUACAACCUGUCUAUACUGUGUAUAUUUUUCGCACUUGACAAUAAAGUUUCAUCUAAUCU